CACGGGAGGCGUCAUUUCCGGUUCCCUUGUUCCUCAUCGUCCGCGAUGGCGGCUGCGGGGUUGUCAGAUUCAAAACUCCGGGCCGAGUUGCUGGCCCUCGGCUACAAGCCAGGUCCUAUUACGGAUACCACCCGCAAGCUCUACGCUAAGAAGCUCACUCGCCUGCGGGCAGAGGUGGCCGCGGGGCUGAGGAGCCGAGGCGGCGCUGGGGCCCAGCCUCAGAGUCCAAGCGGGCCUUCGAGGCCUAAGGCGAGAGUAGGCCAGAAAGCCUCUCCUCAGGCGCGAGUUUUGGUUGAGAGGGAGAGUCAGGAGGAGGAAGAAGAAGAGGAGGAGGAGGAGGAAGGGGAGUGGGAUUUAGGGAACCGAGGGCCGACUCAGAGAAACCAUUUGUCGACUGAGCGUGAGAGAACCUUUUUGCCGAGAGAAGAAGGGAGGCUACCCAGCAGCCCUUGGGACUUGUCCUCCAGGAGGGCCCCCCUCGAAGUCCCCACUUUAAGGGACGGCGUUGCUGACAGUUUAGCUUCCAGCGCUUUGUGGGGCUCCACAGUCACCGAAGGGGGAGGAGGAGGCUUGAGCUCCACCAAAUGGUGGGAAAGGGAGCCCAGCCCUAAGACGCCCAGAGCAGAGGGAACCCGGCCAGGCUUCAGCAGCAGCACUAGGCCUUAUUUAGGGACCGAGAGCCGGGUCACCCCCAGCUCCUCCUACUUGGGUUCACUCACCCGAGACACAAGACCCGAGCUAAACUACAGGUCUCCAUGGAGGGCAGAAAGAAAAGAAAGGGGGUCCCCCCUGACAGGUGCUGGGUUCAAGCAAGGCACGCGUUGGGAUGGGACACGUCAACCUAUAGGCUUGAAAUCUCAAGGGAAAGGGAGAAAAGGCAUAGGGCUUGAGUUUUAUCUCUCCUGGUUCCUGUGGCUGGCAACGUUAGGGCUCUUGGUCACCUUCCUUGCAAUCCUUUGGGUGAAGAUGGUGGGACCUGGCCAGCUGGAAGGGCCCGAGGAGAACUUUAAGCUGUUAUCUGUGGACUGUGCACAGAGAACAGAUAGUUAUUGUCAGGCAAAACAAGAAGAAAUAAUAAUGACCAUACUGCAUGAGUUAUACAACUACCUUGCGGGUAAAGCUGGCAGUUUUGAGUGUGGAAACCCUGAGAACUUAGAAAGUAAGUUUAUUCCAAUUGGUGAAGCAAAGGAUUAUAUAGAGAAUGUGACUGGCUACUCUGCAGAAAAGUUUAUGGAUGCUCUGCAGUGGUUACUGGACAAUAACAAGGAAUCAGGAAUAUUGUUAUACAGUGAUGAGCCUUCAAAACCAGUUACCAUGGCCAGUCAGGUGGUUUCUCUUGAAUCUGCCCGCCCCCAGAUGAGCUUGGGUUGCCGUUUCCACCGGGCACUAACCACAGCUAUUACGAACCUAUUUAUAUUCUUUUGGAGUUUAGCUUUUCUUUGGGGGAUGUUGUUUCUUCUCAAGUAUUACUGGCGGAAAAGGGAGGAAGAGGAGAUGGCCAUGUACAAAAUGGUCCAGAAAAUCAUAGCUGCUGUCCAGAAUCAUUACAAAGAGUGGGAGCAGAAUUUGGAACGGUACCCAUAUGUAGGCAUCCUUCACAUCAGAGACACACUUAUCCCACCCCAGGACAGGAAAAAAAUUAAGCGCAUUUGGGACCGAGCCGUGGAUUUCCUAGCAUCCAAUGAGUCACGUAUUCAGACGGAAUCACACAGGGUGGCAGGAGAGGACAUGCUGGUGUGGCGUUGGACUCAGCCGACAUAUCUUUCUGAUUCAGAUCAUUAGCACUGAGCCAAGGCCAAGACAACGUUUCAGCACUGCGGAGGGCAACAUACCCUUUUCUGGCAAGGGAAUAUCCUGUUGUCUAUACUCAAGUGCACUCCUGACACUACUAUCUAGGUUUUCAAGGGAGAUAGUAUCACUCCAGAGCAUAUUCAUUUCCUAUAAGAAAUAUAAAUUUUGGUGAACAGAGGCGCAUCGAACCUACCUUUUCAACAUGCGACUUCCAUAAUGUAACUAUUUAAAAAGAGUUCCCUUGCCUAAAUGAAAGAUGCCAUUGAUAGUUUUAAUGCAGUGUUAUGGAAGACUGUAUCUGACCCUUCACUCAGAACCACAGUGCUAAAGCCACUAAAAGGGGGUGUGUUUUUGAAAGGAACUGUUCAUUAUAGAAAUGUCCUGAGGACAGGAAUAGACAAUAAGUGUGUAAAGUAUCUUUACUUUUCCCAGCAGAAAUCCCCUAUGCUUUUACAGUACUGGCAUCUGCAUUCAAGGUAGCAAGUACAACUGUGAGGCCAGUUCAUACACCUUCAGUGGCAAGUUGAGCAAAGUGGGAGAAUCAUACAGAAAAUGGCAGGCCUUGUGUUUUUUCUUCUUAGACAUUGGUAAGAUCAUGGUAGCACAGCGAACAUAACAUAUUUUUGUAAAAAGAGUAGAAUACUUUUUAAAGACAUCUGUGAGUUUUAAAAUGAUAUAAUAAGCAAUGCGCAUAUUCUGCAUCAUGCAGUGCUAGAAAACAAUUCAGGUGCCUAGAGUGUUUUGAUACUUUUUUUUAAAAAAGCAGUUUUAGUGAUCCAGAUCUGAAUCCUGAAUCCUCCUAGCAGUUCUAACCAGAUUAUGCCCAUUAAAUGAGCUAUUGACUGGUGAUUCAAUGUGUACAAUAAUUACAUUGAUUCAGUGUGAAUAAGGGUAGGAUUCAAGCAGGAGUAUUUGGCUAAUAACUGCAGUGAGUGGUGAUAUUCUGCAGCAAUACAGUUUUGUAUUUUGUGCAUAAUAUCAUCUUGGUUUCUCACAUUCAUGUCAUUUUGUUUUGGGAGCUGGGAAAUGUGUCCCAAAAUGCCAUGUCAUGCCUUUCCCCUGUGUUGCAGAAUUAUAAAUCCCCAAACCCUUGCAUAUUGAUAUGCAGCGGCAAGACUGGUCCUGAACAUAGCCACUGCUCAUAGUGAACAUAGCCCUCUGUCCUGUGUUUGUACCUAAAGAACAUAUGAAUCCAUCAUAUAUACAUCUGUCUUAAGGCAAAUUUGGUUGAUGCUUUGUGCUACCUUUUCUUAAGCAUUUUCUUUAAACCAGCGUAUUUAUUUAUUUGCAAGUGGUGGUGGUCUGAAUUUGGAAGAUUGCCCUUUUACUCCCCCUGCUGGCUCUGUUGAAUAAUGGAAGAAUUUGGAGUUUUACCUCCCUGUUUUGCCUUGGAGGCAGCCUCAGCAGCACACAGCAAUUCAUUAUAUGCCUCCUUCUGGUUCAUCAGCUGAAAACAACAGUGUGAGAAAAACAGUCUCAAAAACAAAGCACCUGGAGGUAUUAUUGGUUAUGUAAAAGAAAACCUACCAUUCAGUUGAAUUUUUAUCCUUACGUGUUGCCAUCUGUAGCAUAGGUGGUUUAUUAGAAGACAAGAAAUGUAACAGAUGUUUCCAUGACAUUACCCAUCUUUUACCUACAUCCCUCUUACAUGGUUAAAAAAGAUAAUCAAAUGAAGGUAAAUCCUUUCUUUUGACAUGUUCUUAAUUUCUGCUGAAGUUUGCAAAAAAAAAAAUCCAUGGUGCCUGCAUUCUUAGGGCUUUAAAAACAUUUUUAACCAUCUGUCUCUCAAAGAGGAAAUGCCAAACAAUAUUUUGUAAGGUUAAUUAAGCUGUUGGUUUAUUUUUAUGUAGAUGGGCUGGUGCUAUUUAUUAUACACUUUCUCUCUGUACAUUUUAUCUUACAAAAUAAAAAUUUGUACAAAUAA